GGUUUGGGAAAAAAAUGACGCCCUUCAGUAAAGCUCGACACAUAAAAGGGACAGAAGGCAGGUGACAAUAUCGAGGAGCGCAGUUCAUCCAGAGAGUCGGCUGCUUUGGCUUCGGGACGCAAACACCUCGCGUGGCACAGACCGACCGGAAGGACCUUCACAGGACAAAGAUGUAUGCCAAAGGCUUAGUUUCCCUGGCGUCCUUCUGGACAGUUGCCAUGCUUCUUGGGUGGACUUCUGGAGAAGAAGUGGCCUGCCUGCAGGAUGAGAAGCACAAGGAUGUGCCAGGGCCAGAGCCAGAGCUCCAGGAAUGCCAGCUUUACUCGGGCAACGCUUGCUGCAUGUCAGAAGAGAUAGAAGAACUCGGCUUGACUUCGGGCCUCUGGGACCAGUGCAGAAGCCCUAGCCCCAGGUGCGAGGACUUUCUGAAGCGCCUCUCUUGUUUCUACUACUGUUCACCUGAUGCAGCUCUCUGGUCUCGGCAAGAUCCACAGACAGCAGAUUCAGAGAGCACCAUGGGCAGCCUACAUCUGAUUCAAAGUGUGCCUCUCUGCCUCACCUUCUGUCAGCAAUGGUUUGAGGCAUGCCAGGAUGACUUAACAUGCACACGGACCUCCAACUGGACUCUCCAGGGACAAAACUGCAGCACAGACUGUGUGACCUACAGACAGAUGUACAGUGGUGGUCUAGAUCUCUGCGAGACCAUGUUUGGCAGCUCCUUCAGAGCAGAGCUAGAUGAAAGCUCCUGCGGCUGUCUGCAUCUCAAUGCCUCGGAUCAAGAGGUUACAGAGAAGCUACGAGUGGAGUACUCGAGCAAUGGUGAGCUUGACACUACCAAGCUUGGUGAACAGCUUAAUGAGCCAUCUUGUCACCGGCAGAUCCGCCCAGCUUCAUCACUGGGUGAAAAAACUGGCAGCAGUGCCAGCUACAGGCUGCACAGGAGAGCGGUGGCCCCCAGCUUCAUCGAAGACAUAGAAGGCAGUGGCAGUGGCUUCUAGAACACCAACUUCAACAAGCUCUCCAGCAACCAGUCCAUGCUGUCAUCUUGAGAACAAGCAGGGGAGUGGGUGGGGGUGGCAGUUAAAUAAAGUGACUUAUAGUCACUCAGUGGCAUCCAAGUUUGUCUAUAAAUGUUAACCAUGCACUCAAGUAAGCUUUGCCACCUUCUAAAGAUCAAUAUGUUCAAAUUUUGGCAAGCAAGUUGUCCCUUUAUAGUUAGUCGAGCAAUGCAUUUUAGGUUAAUGGGCUCUUCUUAGCAUGACAACUGUACUGCACAAUUUAAAGUCUGGCAGUCUUAUCAAGAUGAUUUUAGAUCCAUAUACAAUGAGUGUACUUAUUCUUUAAUUAGAGCUCCAUAGAAGCAAAACUAAAUUUAUAUGGCACCUUUCAUAAUAAACGCUAUUCCAGGGCACUUUUUUUUUUUUUAAAUAUAUAUUUAUUAGUUCUUAACACUAAAAUGCUUGCCUUUACAAACUUUAUAGAGCAAAAUCAACUUGUGCAUAAGUGGAGGAAUCUGAUCUAUUUGGCAAUUCUGUUACUGUAUUUACGUUUUUUAAAGUACGGAUCUCAGUGGAGAAAAAAAGGUUGAACCAGACUGGUGAAAUUCACUCGGGUGUUUUUUGAGUUCAUUUUACUUAUUGACUACUUGGCACCAAUGGCAGUCCAAGACACAAAGGUGAUGAACUGACUGUCUUGAUGAUUCAGACCGACUGUCAGAUACACCCAACUGACCGAUGCCAACGUGCAACAUUCGGAAAUCUUUAAGCAAUUUGUUUAUUAAUCCCCACUGCUUACUGCACACAUCAAAGGUGAGCGCCUCAAAAUGCACAAGCACCUUGCACCAGGCCUUGGGGCUAAUGGAUGAAUUUUCUUGACGUUCUGAAAAGGCUUUUACCUUGACUGCAAAAAAUAAAUUGUUGGCUCUGUUUUA